UCUUCUCGCUCAUCAGCGGUGAUUCACCACAACAGAAACAAUCCCAAUUGAGGCGAACCACACGAUAAUCGCCAGUGGCAAUUGCAUUGCUAGCGGUCGUUGCUCUUCGGAAGACAAGAAGCACCCCCCGUCACAAUGGCUCCUCUCAAGCCGCACUGGAAGCAGCCCUCGCAUCCCGAGAUCCAGGAGGUCAUCGUCAACGAUGUCGAGUUCACCACCAAGAGCGUCUCCAAGGUUGCUCUCCCUCCGUUUGGCCUGUUCGCCAAGCUGGAGUUCCCCCCAUGCACCGUGGCCCCCGAACCCACAUAUGCGACUGUCCAGAUGGGCCGUGACAGGCACCUGGACUUGAACAGCGAUCUGCUGUACAUCAACCACUCUUGCGAGCCGUCUCUUAUUUUUGACAUGGCCAACAUGAACGUCAUCGCCGGCCCGAAAGGCCUACAGCCCGGCGACGAGCUGACGUUCUUCUACCCUUCGACCGAGUGGUACAUGGCGCAGCCCUUUGACUGCCUGUGUGGCACGCCGUCCUGCCGCGGCCGCAUCGCGGGCGCCCGCGAUAUGACUGCUGAGCAGCUGAGCGGCAUGUGGUUGAACGGGCACAUCCGCCAGCUCCUUGAGGAGCGAGAGAGGGCGGACCAGAUGCAGACGCAGAUGCCUGAGCAGAACGACACUGCAGCCAGCGCCGACGCGGCGGUCGCAACGGAGACCAAAGCGUCUGAGAACGACGCUGUCGCGACCUCCAACGGCCAUUCCGAACAAGUCUCCGGCCCAACCGACCGGACUGUCCAAGCCCUCCGCGACGCGCUGACGCACGCCGAGAAGGUUGUCGACGCAGCGCGCCUGGCGCUCGUCUCGUACGUCGAGGCGCUGCACUUGGCCGGCAUCGGCAAGCACGGCCACCCGGUCUUUGAUGCGGCCAAACCCGCCGCCGUCGAUGUCCCUGUCGGGGCCCAGCGGCGCGGCCCGACGUCACGAGAGCUGAGCGGCGAGAUGGGCGGCGAUACGUGAGCUCGUACGUGUCGCUCCUGUACGCGAAACCCUUGCGGCUGUGAACUCGAGUAGCAGUUGGGU